GCCACGCUUGGGCCAAUGGGCGUGUGCCCCGCCCCCAGCCAGCAGACGCGUCCUGGGAACAGCAACCCGCAGCCUUGCGAGCAUCUGAGCCAUGGCGUGCGCUGGGUUGCUCGCUGUGUGCUUGCUUGGGCCACCCGCGCCUCAGCCGCCGCGAUACCCCGCGCCUGCUGCGGGACACGCGCUUUUCCAGGAUAUGAUGGUAAGCUCUCAUUUGAAGAAUUCCAGAAUUACUUUGCUGAUGGGGUUCUCAGCUCAGGGGAACUGCGGGAACUGUUCAGUGGCAUCGAUGGACAUCUUACCGACAAUUUAGAAACAGAGAAACUGUGUGACUAUUUCUCCAAACACCUGGGUGUGUACCGGCCUGUGCUGGCUGCACUAGAGUCACUGAACCGCGCCGUGCUCACUGCCAUGGACACUACAAAGCUGGAGUAUGAACAGGCCUCCAAGGUAGAGCAGUUUGUCACACGAUUCCUGCUUCGGGAGACAGUGAAUCAGCUACAAGCCCUGCAGAGCUCCUUGGAGGGGGCAUCAGACACCCUGGAGGCCCAGGCCCGUGGUCAGCGGUUGGAUGAAGUAAAUAUGGAGGUGCAGAGGAGGUUCCAUGGCAGCAGGCGGGCAGGACGCAGAGCCCUGAGGAGCAUCAGCUGGUCACCAACCUGCUCUCCUGGAUCCUCUGAUACAGGGUGGAAUUCAGAGGCUGAGCUGCACUGGCGGCUGCAGGUCAACCGCCUCCAGGAGCUCAUAGACCAGCUUGAAUGCAAGGCACCCCGGCUGGAACCCCUUCAUGAAGAGGACUGUGCCAAGGGUCCUGACUCGCACAUCCUUGUGGCACAAAGGCAAGUACAGGUGGCAGAGGAUGCCCUGCAGGAUUUUCAACGUGCCCUGUGCUGCUACAUGAACUUCACAGGGGCCCAGAGCCAUUGUCUGCAUGUGUCUGCGGAGAAGACGCUGGACCAUGCUGCCUUCACCCUAUAUGAGCUCUGGCAGGAUGAAGCCUCCUGGAGGAGGCACCAGCAGUCACCCUGCAGCAAAGCCUUCCAGCGUACCCUCAUCGAUCACCUGCGGGCCCCGGACACCCUCACCACUGUGUUCUUCCCAGCCUCCUGGUGGAUUGUGAAUAAUAACUGAGUUGGAUCUGCCUAAGCUGGUGACUCUCCAGCCCAGCCUAUCAUUCUAGAGCCUCCUGCACUGGUCAACUCUACACUAAGACCAAGGAGCCUGCCUGUUCUCAGGCCAAGGGCCUGAUCAGCUGGUAGAA